GCGCCUUCGUUAUACAAUUCUGGAAAACAACAAUUCCAACUCGUUCAUCCAUUUCCCCGGAAAACCAAAACCAAAACAAAUCCCUCCUUUCCCAUAUCACGGACAGACCGCAGCUAGGAACGGAAACCAUGUCUUGCCACCAGAGUCAGAGAAAAUCCCAACUCCAGACUUGCGGAUCCGGUGAAUUAAACCGCAGUCAUCUCGAGCACGAAAGCGAAAUGCUGACAGAGACAGCGCUGAGCGUCCCCGAGUUGCAUUCAGCUGAAACUGAUCCACACGUUAUAAAGAGAAGGCCUUAUGCCGUGUCGCACUCUAAAUCUCGGGACAGCGGAUACGAUGAGGCAUUAUCGUUAUUCAGUCUUGCAAAAGAGACUACCAAAAAGGGCAGGGACAACAAACAAUCUAACAAAUUCUUUACGUACAAAAACUCAGAACAAAUAAGUAUGGGCGGUCAUCAGUUAGAUGCAAUUAUUCCCGCUGAAAGUGGUGGUUUAGAGGUUCCAAAAAGCGUCGCCUCGGACCAGAAGUUAACAGGAAAAGGGGCGCCUUGUAAAAGACCUGAAUCAUUCAGUGACCGUUCUGGCACCCCCGAUGCUGCAUAUCAAAGCCUUUCUGAUAAUAGCCUCAAUGAGUUUCUAAGUACUGAAGAACAACUUAAUGAAGCAACAGAAAAAACCAACCUUGAUUCACCAUUCAACGUAAAGCCAAAAACUGAAACUGGCACUGACGUAGAAAGCAAUGAGCGAGAAAUUGUUACCGAAAAUAUUUGUGAUGGUCUAUUGGGGAAGCGUGGCAAUUCUCAAAACAAGCGGCCGCCAAUAACACCCAGAAAAAGCAUUCAAAAUAAGCCCGCUAAGAACAGUACUUCCAAUUUAAGUCGGUUGGAAAGUGAAUCUCACGCAAGCAAACCAGCACCCGACAAAUGUGCAACGGACUGUGCACCUCAAACAAUAUUGCCGUCCAAUUUCGAGGUUAACCCGUGUCAGGUGCGUAGUCAUGCCGAGAUAAAUUCACCAACAGACGAUCCAGAUCAGAAAUUCAGAGAACACCCAAAUCAAAUAAACAAUGAUUAUGAAAUAACUUCGGUAGGAAGGGUUGCUGAGACACAAACAGAUCCAAGUCUUUCAUACUCGUAUAACGGGAACGCGAAGAAUGAACAACGUCUGCUCUCCGAGAUUAUUUCACGGCUAGAAGAUGAAAAGAAAGGACUCGGAAUUGAAUUAAAAAAGUUACAAGAGUCACAAGAGAAAAUGAGUCGUCGAAUACGAGAGCUUGAGGAGGCUAACAGGGAGUGGGCCAGUUACGAUGCACAACGGGAAAAGUAUGUUCAGAAUCUGCUUCGAAGAAUAGUGGGGCUGGAGGAAAAAUGCAGAAAGGAUUCCACAGAAAACCAGCAGUUAAGAGACGAAAUCUCACGCCUAGUAGCAGAUAACAAGAGACUUGCACAGACCAUCAAAGAACUGAAAGACUCAGAUUCCAGCAGCAAAUUGAGGGAAUGUGAAGAUCAGUUGGAACUGCUGCAGGAGCAAGUUCGACAAUGUACAAAAGAUUUCGAGGCCGAACGCGGAGACAGAGAGAGAGCCGAGAGUAAAGUGGCUACCCUGGAAGAUGAACUCAGAUCUCUCAGAGGAAUGAACCAACAGAGUAGGCUUACUGGCCGGGGGCGGCCUUCCGUUGAGGUGCCAGCAUUUGAAGCUCAACAAAGAAUUGCUGCAACAGAUUUCCGAAGAGAGCAGCUAAGUCAGUUAGUAGCAGAUUGUCAACCUCACGGUGAAGCGAGAACACCUCAGACGCUGCGCAGUCGCGGCUGUGCCGAGGAAGCCAGGUUCUUUCCACAUUUCGGACUUCCUCAUCAACAACUGGAAGUCGACUGUCAUACAGGUAAUGACCAAUUUGGACUCUCUACCGAACCACGUGAUCAGGAAGUUUGGGAUCGAGGCUUUAACAGAGGCAUGGAUUGUGCUGAUGGCGCCGCGGGGUUAAAUGAUGCAAAACUGCGUUGUCCAAAAUGCUGGAGAGAGUACCCGCCACACCGCCAUUUGGAAUUGUUAGAGCACAUUGAUAUUUGCUGUGAUUAAAGUCAAAAAGGCUCAGAAUGAUUUCCUAGAUACCUCCGCCAAAGAGGUGAUGUUAUCACGACCGUUUAUUGCUUUUUUCACUAAAAUAAACCAAAAAGUUACGGGCGAAAUUUGAUGACAAUUUCAGGCUAGGUCAAAAGUAUGAUUACUUACAAGUGGUAAGGUUUUUGUGACCCCGAUCCCCAUUAGGAUCCAGGACUUGAAAAGUAAUCUGGAGCAAGAGCCAAUGACCUGACUAAAAAUCAAGAAAGGUGCUAUCAGGUCUAGUCGUUGUGCAAUGAAUGUGCUCUCAACUGCUACAAUGUGUCAGUGUCAGGUUUUUGGUGGAAGUCAGCGCUCUCUGUGGGCUUUGCUAGUAUUUUCUGUGUAUCAAUCCUAGCAUAAAUGGAGAGAGGGGGCAUGUUUUUACAAAAUAGAUAGCGUGAUACCGUUAGUUAUUAAAAUACAAAACAUUUAUAAAAAUUAAAUAGGUAAGGGAUAGAUCUUACUUAAAUUUGCCAAAACAUGUAUCAAUGAUCAGAGACAUAUAACGUGUAUGGAACACUUGUAACGGAGCAAGUAAGUAACAUAAUUAUUCCAGUUUAGUCCUGUGAUACCG